AUGAAUCCAGGGCAGCCUCAGGAUGAUGUAGGUUCUUCUGGAGUAACUAACAAACCAAAGAAGGAAAAGCUGGAGGAGGUAACUGAUCAGGCAGGGCAAAUAGCCUCGAAGGAGCAACCAAGAUAUGAGCAUGAGAUUGUAAAGUCUGAAGUCGAGGACCAGUCUGAGCCACCGAAUGAAGGGGUUAACAAUUCGAAUGAGCAGGAUGACGCCACCAAGAAGUCGCCAGCUGUGGCUAACGCAGCAGCAGCAGGCAAGGGUGGCACGCGCCCGCCGACAGGGAAUCGCAAGACAAGCCCAAACAAAUUGCCGCCCCUUCUCCGAACUUCUGGGACCCGAUCUCCUGCGAGCACGAAGAACCGACCCCCGGAUGCCUGUUCAGGGUCGAACAGGACAUCAAGGAGAUCGAGCGCUAUCGCGUACCCUGGUAUCUUCAUAUCCGCCGAGGAACACAACGUCACCAAUAUCCAUGCGCUGAUCCUAGGACCUCCAGGCACCCCGUACGAAGGCGGUUUCUUCCACUUUCUGAUCAAGUGUCCGGCCGACUACCCCCACAGUCCUCCGCGGGUGCGCCUGAUGACCACGGACGCCGGUCGCGUGCGGUUCGGGCCGAGCUUCUACGAGAACGGCAAGGUGUGCCUGGGUCUCCUGGGAACAAGCUCUUACGGAACCACGUGGAGUUCUUCGCAGUGCCUGGGGAACGUGCUGUACACCAUCAAGUCGCUGAUGACUAAUGAAGAUCCCGUGACCCUGGGUUCCGGCCUUCGGAGUCCUCCCGGCGCUAGGAACGUGGCUGAACGACAAGAUACGCUACAACACCACCCUGCAGCACGAGACCAUCAGGGUCGCUGUGUGCAACGCGGUCGAGGGAUGUCUGCGAAGAAGUUCUUCGGCGAGUACAUGACGGUGGUCAGGAACCACCUGCACUUGACCGGCUCCUACAUGAACGACUCCACCGAGGGAGGCGUCCCCACGUACCAGUUCGAGACGCUCAUGGCACAUCUCGUAGCUCUGCGGGAAGAUGUCGAAUUGGUGAACCCAAUUCCAUACGAAAAAGAACAAGGGUGA